AGAAACAUACCGGAGAUGGAAAAGUGGACAAAUACCUGUUGAGAACUACAAGGGCAUUGCCAGGGCAUGCAGAGAUGCAGUUAGAAAAGCAAAAGCUCAGCUCGAAUUGAAAUUGGCCAGAGAUGUCAAAAACUACAAGAAAGGGUUCUUCAGGUACAUAAACAACAAGCAGAAACAGAAGGAAAAUAUUGGCCCACUGUUAAACAGAAGAGGUGAAUUAGUCACCAACAAUGCUGAAAAGGCAGAGGUUCUCAACACUUUCUUCACCUCUGUCUUCACCAGUGCUGUUGGUCCCCAGGCCUUGGGAACAAAAAUCCAGGCUGAUGCAAACACAGACCCAUCGUCAGUGAAGGAAGAGUUGGUGUGUGAGCUAUUACAGGAGCUUGACCCCUACAAAUCGAUGGGCCGUGACAAUAUCCACCCGAGGGUGUUAAGAGAGCUGGCUGAUGUCAUUGCGAGGCCAAUCUCCAUAAUCUUUGAGAAAUCGUGGAGAUCAGGGGACAUCCCAGAAGACUGGAAGAAGGCUAAUGUCAACCCCAUCUACAAGAAAGGCUUAAAAGAGGAUCCAGGAAAUUAUAGGCCCAUCAGUCUUACUUCAGUCCCUGGGAAAGUUAUGGAACAAAUCCUCCUAGGGGCUAUCACAAGUCAAAUGAAGCAUGUGAUUGGGAAAAGCCAGCAUGGAUUCACCAAGGGCAAAUCAUGCUUGACAAACCUGAUCUCUUUCUACAACAAAGUAACCUGCUUGGUUGAUGUGGGGCGAGUGCUGGACAUUGUCUAUCUGGAUUUCUCCAAGGCUUUCAAUAUAGUUUCCCACAGCCUCCUCCUAGAGAAACUGAUGCAUUACAGUCUAGACAAGUGGUCUGUGCAGUGGAUGUCUCAGGAAUUGUGGCAGCCGAGCCACCCCACCACCUUGCUCAUCCCCAAGGCCCGGGGAGGGCGAGCGCAGCGGGCCAUGUACCUGCUUCUGGCUCUGUGUGCUGCAGCACUGUACCUCACCGGGGAGCCCCUUGUGCCCACCGCCCGCAUAAUCACCUCCCACAUUGUGGCCCUGCAGAUCGGGGUGCUGCUCAAGGGCACCUGCUACCUGGCAGAGGAGAUCUUCCACCUCCAAUCCAGGCACCAAGGCAGCUUCUGGAGGAUGCUGAGUGCCUGCUUCCCCCUGCGCUGGCAUGGGCCUGUGCUGCUCGCCUGUGGCUUAGCCUAUGUGGCUCUUCUUGAUGGAGAUGGGCAGCCACUCAACUUCCACCUCGGCCUGGCCACCCUCUGCCAGCUCCUCAUCCUCACUCUGGGGCUCCAUAAGCCCUCAGCAGUGGAAGUGUCUGAGAUGUCUGAGAGGUCCAAGCAGAACGUCGCUCAUGGGCUUGCCUGGUCUUACUAUGUUGGGUACCUAAAAAUAGUCCUGCCACGGGUGAAAAAGUCGAUGGAGGAAUUCAGCAGAGCCAACCCCAAUGUGCUGGCAUGCAGGGAGACUUGGAAGCUACACAUCUUGGUCCCUCUGACCUGUGACAUCUAUGAUGACCUGGAGAAAGCUGACAGCAAUAUUCAGUACCUGGCAGAUCUCACUGAAAUCACCCUGACCCGAGCUGGCACUAAAAAAAGGGUCUACAAGCACAGCCUCUACACAAUCACGGAUGAAGACAACAAGGUCUGGCACUGUGCAGUGGAGUAUGCCACACCACUGCAGUCCCUCUAUGCCAUGUCCCAGGAUGAGUGUGCUGCCUUCAGCCGAGAGGACCGCCUGGAACAGGCCAAGCUUUUCUACAGGUCAUUGGAGGAGAUCCUGAAAGGCUCCAAGGAGUGUGCGGGUACCUACCGGCUCAUUCCAUAUGAGGAGUCGGGCGAAGCAGAGACUCACUUCUUAUCCAGAAACGUCCUCUGGCACCUCCAGCAGCAGCGUCACGAGUACACCAUGUACGAGGGGAACCAGCCACACAAUCCAUCCAUGACCCUCAGCUCAACAGAGCUCAAUCUCCAGAUAAGUGAGUCAGACCUGCCACAGCCUCUGCGAAGUGACUGCUUCUAA